AUUACGCAUACAUGCAUGGGUCGUCGCUCUUCUAAUUGUUCCUCGAACGUGGGAGAAGUAAGAUGCUACUGCAAUCAACCGGAAUGCGUUCCUCAGGGAUACAUGUGUCGCGGUAGGGGCUGCUUCACUAAAUUACCAUCGAACGCAAAUGCGCCGAUUUCGAGAGCGGAGCAUACCGCUCAUAGCGGUUGCCUCGACGAGAACUUGAAAAGUCGGCAGUGCCCCGCAGGAUUUCUCUGCUGCGAUCAGGAUCUCUGCAAUCACGUGGACAGUCCCGCGAUGAGAAAUAGGCUCAAUAAGACUCUACGAGUAUUAAUCGGCGAUCAGCGAGCGUAUUUGGCCCCGCACGUGCAUCCAAACAGUCGCGGAAGUCAGACGGCUGAUGGCUGGUUCCCGACGGCGACGAUCAUUGUGGCUAUCUGUGGAUUCAUCGUCCUGCUGAUGAUUGCCAGCCUAGCUGUCAGAUGGCUUCAACCUAUGCCGGCGCAAAACGCAAAUAAAUUUGUGCCACAUCGAACAUCCGAUAACGGGCCGCCCUUAUUGGGACCACCAAAAGUGCCUCUGGUUUAAGAAAUUUCGCGAUCCUCGGACAAAGUUUCCCGAUAAGAGGUGUUUUAAGUAAUAGUUAAAUUAAUAGAACUGGCUGCGCUAGUUUUGGUAUAUGACUCACGAAAUCGGAGUUGUGCCAUAUACGUAUACAUAUAUAUUUGCGUAGCGAAGAAUACCGGGUACUCUUAACGUACGUUAAUCUUGAGAACGAUCAAGAUUAUGUUAACCGGACAAGAUUUCCUCGCGACGAGUAAUCUUAUUCCGAUUUAACUUUGUUUCAACUCCAUUGAUUUCUCUUACAAUAUGCAUUCAUAUGAGAAAUAGAACGGUAUGCAAAUUUGCGAGGUUCCACAGAGGCAGAGUCAUAUACCGAAGCUGUCGUGAAAGCUAGCGGGCCGUCGAAGGCUCCACUUGGCUGUGAAUUCUACGGAGAAAGCAACUACUGUGUAAAUUAUAUAUUGUAAUGAUGAACGUAUUACUCGUUGCAUUUCCUCGAAACGUCGACGCGGCGCACGCGUCGUCGCGAGAUCAAAGAGUGAGAAUGGGUCAAGAUUUUUCGAUCCUUUAAACAUGACGUUAUAACGACACAAAGUACAUGUUAUGAAUGUAUGCUUCUGUGUCGCUAUAUGAUUGUAAAUAUAGAUAUGUAUCUAUGUAUUUUUUAUCAUCUUGAACGAUACAAUCAAAUAAAUUUGAUGAUAUUAUCGAGUUACGAUGAUGUGAGAACAUCCUUCAACGUUACACGACCAUUAAAUUCUGUUCCCCAAGAAUAUUAUAUAGUACACAACUUUAAUUUACGAAUGGUAUACGUCAAUAAAGAAGGGAGAAUUAUAUUUCGCAAAUGAUCUAUAAGAAUUAUUAUAAUGCAAAAUAAAUUUGUGAUUUA